AUGAGGGUUAUCUCAUGGCUGUUCGAUUCAGAAGACUCUUCCCGGAGAAGACGAACACCAAAAUCUACCGUCCAUUUAGAUUCCGCCGAUAGCGCCACGUCAUCCUCACUAAGCGAAGCAACCGGCUCUAGCAGCCUCCAUAGCAGUCUCUCUCUCCAAACACUUCCCUCCGUUCCUUCUCUUCAGAGAAUACCUUCAGACACUCUCGCCGUCACCACCGUCUCUUCCUCCGUUACCUCCUCUUUCAAACUCCGGGAACGGAGUCUUCCCGUCACUUGUCUCGCCGUUAACGAAGGUUACCUCUUCGCCGUCUCCGGACACGAAGUCAGCAUCUACGACCGCGCCAUGUCUGCUCAUCUCGACACUUUCAACGGUCAGGAUCCGUCCUCGGGAUCCGUCAAGUCCGUCGGCUUCUCCGGCGAGAAAAUAUUCACUGCUCACCAGGACGGGAAAAUCGGAGUUUGGAAACUAACCGCGAAAAGCGGUUACAAACAGUUAACGACGCUUCCCACGUUAAACGACCGUUUACGACGUUUCGCUCUCCCCAAAAACUACGUUCAAGUACGCCGUCACAGAAAACGUCUCUGGAUCGAACACGCUGACGCCGUUACCGCUCUCGCCGUCAAUAACGGCUUCAUUUACUCCGUCUCUUGGGACAAGACUUUGAAGAUAUGGAGAGCUUCCGAUCUUCGUUGUAAGGAAUCAAUUAAAGCCCACGAUGACGCCGUUAACGCCGUCGCCGUCUCAACUAACGGCACCGUUUAUACCGGUUCCGCGGACAGGCGUAUCCGGGUUUGGGCGAAACCCGCCGACUCGAAACGCCACAAGUUGGUCGCGACUCUAGAGAAGCACAAAUCGGCGGUUAACGCUCUGGCAUUAAACGACGACGGAUCGGUCUUGUUCUCCGGUUCGUGUGACCGGUCCAUUUUGGUUUGGGAGAGAGAGGACAGCUCCAACUACAUGGCGGUGAGAGGUGCCUUGAGGGGUCACGACAAAGCAAUACUUAGCUUGUUUAACGUCUCUGAUUUGCUACUGAGUGGAUCUGCCGAUCGGACGGUGAGGAUUUGGCGGCGUGGAAGCGAUAGUAGUUACAGUUGCUUGGAGGUACUUUCCGGUCACACGAAGCCGGUUAAGUCGCUCGCGGCGGUAAAUGAUACGGAGUUAGACGGUGUCAUUUCGAUCGUUAGUGGAAGUCUUGACGGUGAGGUUAAGUGUUGGAAGGUCUCCGUCACCAAACCGGAAAAUUCGAUUUACACGGGUCUCGUUUUAUGA